AUGGCUAGCGCAUGUGAGCUUAACCAAGAAGAUGAUCAGAUUGGACCAUCAAACGACACUCCACCCUCCCUCGAAGAGCUCAAGGCCGUUGAAGAUAUACCCGUGUUUGACAGCAAGGGCGUUGAGCGCCCGUUCAAAAGCCUUUACAGCGGACCGGGAUCAUCUGGCCGUGUCUUGGUCGUCUUUGUGCGCCACUUUCUCUGUAGUACCAGCUCAAACUAUGUCAAGUUUCUAUCCGAGGAAGCUAGUCCUGAGAAGAUUGCCCCCUCCAACAUGUCCAUCUUUAUUAUUGGAAAUGGGGUUCCUGAGGUGAUAAACAUGUACAUUGAAAAUACGGGCUGCAAGCACCCUGUCUAUGUCGAACCAACAGGCAAACUGUUUGAAGGAUUGGGCAUGAUCAAAACAUGGGUCGCGGGACCGGCCACGGACUACGCUUCAGAUUCGGAUACUUUGUCCUUCUUCCAGGCAGCGUCCAAGCUCGUCCGGGGACUGCUGGCCGGUUACCCGGCAACCAAGGUCGGACAACCAAACCAGCAGGGCGGUGAAUUCCUGUUCGAGGGCAGCGAGGAGGCAAGGAUGGUGACAUGGUGUCAUCGCAUGAGGCUAUUCCCCCGAGAACAAGACGUUUCCAACGCCGUUCAGCUUUCACAUCUCUCACUCUGCAUCUCUUCUUGGAAGCCCUCCUGCCGUCACCAUGCUUCCUCCCAGCUCUUGGGUACCUACAGACAGUACAAACAAGACACCGAUUCUGUCGCUUCAUGGCUGGCCUCAACUGCCAUUGCCCGCAGCUACCCUGCUGAUCUACUGGCCACUUCACAUUCAACACCUGCUCCGAAGACGAGCGGGCGAUUGAAGGGCAAGGCGAGAAUCAAAGCUCGCAGUAGCGGUUCAUCUAACCCCAAGCUAGCUAACGAGAAGAGGCACAUCAUUGCUAUCAAGGACUUUGUGCCACUGGCCAACUUUAUUGCUGGUCGUCGAGUGUCAGUACCCGACCUGGGCGAAACUGGAGCCAAACCGGAUCCCGAAUCUGACGAGAAGCAUGUGUAUUUUGUUGACAUCCUCGAGGCAGUCCGAGAGGCUCUGCGACCCAGAAUGACCCCCACCACGGCAGCUGUGGCCCUAGAUGCCGCCAUCGAGGCAAGCAAGGACACCCCCAGGGAUCCAGACCAGGAUCUAGGGGAAGACCAGAUCUGGCUCGACGGAGUAGUCACUGGCAAGCAAGACGCAAAUUACGACUGCUACAACUCCGCCAACAAAUGCUACUUCAUCCCACUGAUAAAAUUCGAUUCGCAACUCCGACAGCUCAUUCCCAACAGUUUUCUCGUGAUUAGUGAGGGCCGGAACGGCAGAUAUGAUGAUGCUACCUGCAGUUGGGCCUCCUUGACGAACCAAUAUAAGUUCGAGCAGGACUGCAUCAUUCUCGCGCAGCAUGGCACGGAUCUUUUGGCUGUGGCUCUACGGGCCCCCAACUUCGGCGUUGAGGAUGAGUUUCUUCGUGGAAUGGGGAUCCUCAAAAAGGAACUCAAGGCGUCCUUUCCACUCAUGUCCGCGGCCCAGGCGUUUCUCGACAUUCAUCACGAAUUGGGUGCCCCUGCGGCACGAAAAAUCUUUGCGGCCAUGACGGAUGAAGUUCGCAUUAUAGAUGAAUUGCUGGCUGGCCAUUUGGAGUUCCACCAAAACAUCAAGCACAGGCAUUGGACUCCCGAGUGGGACAAGGGUCUGCAAGAUCUGAGACACAGUAUUGCGUUGAAUGCAAAGGAUCCGGCUCACCAGGCAAAGGUCAAGCUGUUUAAAGAGGGGGGUCAGAACAUCUUUCCCCUAAACAAGUAA